GGUCAUAUAUAACUCAUAAAAUAGUGAACCAAAAACCAAGAAAAUCCAUAAAAGAAAAAGAUGGAAUUAACUACAACUUCACAGUCUCUUUCCUAUGCUAAUCUUCCAAAACUACCAUCUCUGUUCCCAUCUAGAGUUAAUGUUUGUUCUUCCAAUUCCAUUAAUAUUCUUGGAUUUAAUUGCAUACCCAGAAAGCUAAAAUGCAAUGCAAGAAAACAACUGAGACAAUUUGGAGCUAUCCAUGCUUCUGUGGCGGAGAGCAAUUCAACUAAUGUUUCUGUUACAUGGCUUCUUGAAUUUAUAGGUGAUGGAGACGCAAGACACAUCGGUUCUCCAACUGCAAAGCCAGGCUCUCUUGAAAUACCUUCUGGUGCAGUUACUGUCGGACGUCUUGCUGAGAAGGCAGAUAUGGUCAUUCCGGUGCCUACAGUAUCUGCUGUACAUGCUCUGCUACAAAGCAUGGAAGAGUAUCUCGUAGUUACAGAUUUAGACAGCACGAAUGGCACGUUCAUCGGAGAGAAGAGGCUCAGACCUGGUGUGGCUGCUGCUGCAUCACCUGGAAGUCUCUUGACAUUUGGGGACACCAAUUUGGCGAUAUUCCGGGUAGCAAAGCUUGAGAAGAUGGAAACUCCAUCUGAACCAGAAAAAGCUGAAGCUAAUACAGAGGAAGAGGAGCCAAGUAGCAGCUAAAAGUUCAGAGUUGUUAUUAUCUGCAAUAAUUUUGUAUACAGAGGAAAUUUAUAUAUGUGCUUCUAUUGAACUUGUGUUGUCCAUUUUCUUCUUGACUUGAGGUUAUCCCUUUGUUUUCCUUUCCCACCAAUUUUUAUAUUAGCCUUGAGUUUUGUUUCUUUA